AUUGAUAAGCACCUCUGCAACCAUCCUCCUUCCGCCUUGGAGCCAAGCUAAAGAGUGAAAAUCGCUCUAUAGGAUUUCCCCACACAAAACCAGCUGUCUGCUGUCCCAGCAGGCCGAGCCAGCUCUGCUCUGAGAGAUUGUGCUGAAAGCUGUUUUCCAAAUGAGUGACGGAGAGUGCGACUUCUUCUGCUUCUUCCGCUGCUGCUGAGUGCGCUCCAUCGCGCCUCAGUCAGACAGGAGGGGGGUGGAGCUUCUCUCCACACGGUGACCAAAGUGGAAAGAAGGCAAGAAGAAAAAAGGUGGGGGGGUAGUUUCGGUCUUACCAUUCCAGCCAUAACUGGACAUCUUCAAUCCGACAGGUAGGCGACUUGUCUACCUGUCUGGGUGAUUGGCACAAUCGACUGAAUGUCUGUGGACAUGAACAGCCAGGCGUCGGACAGCAAUGAGGAAGACUUUGGGGUUAACUCUGAGGAAGAGGAGGAUGACGACGGAGGAGAGGAAGAUGAUCAGGGAGAUAUCGCAGGCUAUUAUGAUGGGGUGGCAAAUGACGUUGAGCAACAGGGCGCUGAUUCUUUCGACCCGGAGGAGUACCAGUUCACCUGUUUGACGUACAAAGAGAGCCAGCAUGUGUUGAUAGAGGAAGUGAACAGUGUUGCUGCUGCUCUGAAGGUUUCACCAUCGGUAGCAAAACUGAUCCUAGUGCAUUUCCAGUGGCAGGUUGCACAAAUACUGGACGCUUGUAAGUCCAAUUCUUCUCAGCUUUUGUCAGACGCUCUGGUCCAGCCCAGCAGCACAUGCAGAAUAGCCACUGCCCCUCAGUCCCUCCAGUGUGGUGUGUGUCUACAGGUCGUACGGAGGGACUCCCUGCUGGCCCUGCCUUGUCAGCACUCCUUCUGUAAAGCAUGCUGGGAGCAGCACUGCACCGUACUCGUCAAAGAUGGCAUGGGAGUGGGUAUCUCAUGUAUGGCUCAGGACUGUUCGCUGCAGAUGCCAGAAGACUUUGUCCUCCCACUGCUGCCAGGAGAGGAGCUAAAGGAUAAAUACAGACGCUACCUCUUCAGAGACUAUGUCGAGAGUCACUUCCAAUUGCAGUUAUGUCCGGGUGCAGACUGUCCCAUUGUCAUCAAGGUGCAGGAGCCCAGGGCGCGCAGAGUGCAGUGCAGCUGCUGCAGUGAAGUCUUCUGCUUCAAAUGCCGCCAGAUGUACCACGCGCCCACAGACUGCGCAACAAUUCGUAAAUGGCUGACUAAAUGUGCCGAUGACUCAGAGACUGCAAACUACAUCAGCGCACACACUAAAGAUUGUCCAAAGUGCAAUAUCUGCAUCGAAAAGAAUGGAGGGUGUAAUCACAUGCAAUGCUCCAAGUGCAAACACGACUUCUGCUGGAUGUGUCUUGGAGACUGGAAGACUCAUGGCAGUGAAUACUAUGAGUGCAGCCGAUACAAAGAAAACCCUGAUAUAGUCAACCAGAGCCAACAAGCUCAGGCCAGAGAGGCGCUCAAGAAAUACCUCUUCUAUUUUGAGAGGUGGGAGAAUCAUAACAAGUCCCUGCAGUUAGAGGCUCAGACGUACCAGAGGAUCCAGGAGAAAAUCCAGGAGAGGGUAAUGAACAAUCUGGGAACUUGGAUCGACUGGCAGUACCUGCAUAAUGCUGCAAAGCUACUGGCUAAGUGUCGCUACACACUGCAGUACACCUACCCUUAUGCCUAUUACAUGGAGUCUGGACCGCGCAAGAAACUGUUUGAAUACCAGCAGGCCCAGCUGGAAGCAGAGAUAGAAAACCUUUCAUGGAAGGUGGAGCGGGCUGACAGCUAUGAGAGAGGAGUGGUAGGAGGAGAAUGCGAGCUCAGCGCCAGUGAUAGAGGGGAUUUGGAGAAUCAGAUGCACAUUGCUGAGCAGAGGCGACGCACGCUGCUGAAGGAUUUCCACGACACCUGAAGCUCAAAUCGCGACUGCAAAGCACCAGCAUCCUCCCUCCUUUUUUUUUUCCUACCUUUGCUUCCUACCAGGAUCAUCUGUUGUUGCAGUCAUACUUACCCUGCUUCCCUCAACCUUAUCAUUUGCUUCCUCUGCUCUGUCUUUCUCUCCUCUUACACCCAGAAUGCUGCAGGGUCACAGAAUGUCAGUCAUGUAUGGACCCCCCCUCCUUUCUUUCCCAGCUGUUUGAUAUAUUUGACACAACAUCUGUUGUGGUUACACUUGUUUCAACUCAUCAGAUCUGAUCUUGUGGGUCAUUUUGUGAGGUUUUGUGUCGAUAAAUAGAGUAAAAUCGCUAUGACCAAGCAACUACAGGGAUCGUGUUGCCUGCUGGAGAUCAGAAUCUACCUGAAUAGUUUUCCUGUGAUGGUGGGAUUAUUGCUUAAAAGGAGCAGCCUGUACUGUUGUGUCGCGGAGGAAUAGGUGGUGGAGUAAUCACCUUUUGUUUUCUUUAAGGCAACAAUGCAACCACUGGAUCUGUAUUUUUGGGAUAUACAGCCUCUUUUUAGGUCUUGCACCUUUGUUAAUCCCUUGAUUGAAACAUUUUAAAGAUGGCGAUUUUGCCACGUCCUGAUUUAAAUUCUAAAAGAGCUCCCAAAGACAUUAUUUAGCCUCACUCAAUUUGAGUUUUUUGUUUGGUUGUUUUUUUCUUUUUGUUGUUUUCUUUUUUUUAAAUAUAGACUGUUCUCAAACCAAAUCUAAAAGUAGUGAUAUUUAAGUCCAAUAGAGAUUAGGAACAUGUUGGGAUUUGAAAGGCAGCUACUUUACAAUUAUGACACCAUUUUUUUUUUUUCUUCUUUCAACUUUUACUGUUAUUUUGUGUUGCAGCAUGACUGAAACAAAUGACUUAAUAAUACAGAAUUAUCAUUCUGAUACUGAAAUAAUGACCUAAAUAUGUUCACAAAUAAAGAAGAUGGAAUAAGAUCUAACCUCCUUUCUUAAAGGUACCUCCACCGAUCUAAUCUCUUGUCAUAAUCAAGUACUACAGCUCCUCCCACCGACAUUCAGAUGGUGUGCACACUCCAACGCCUCAUUACAAAAAACAUUUGUUUUCCCUCCCAUCUCAUGCUCUCUUCUUCCUUUACUAUCAUCCCAGAGUUUCUUUUUUCUUUUUUUUUGCUCCGUUUUCUGUUUUCCUUCAGCUCAUGAUGCUCACCUCUGAAAAAUGGCUGUUGAUAGUUAGAUCAUUUAAAAAAAUGGAAAAAAGAAAAAAAUAAUAAAAAAAUGCUGUAAUUUUCAAUGGUUGUACAUUAAUACAGAAAUAGAGUUACUGAGAGUUUUUAAAACCGGA